CCCAGACAGUUUCUUUUUUCAGUGCCCUUCGCACAUAUACUUACCCCCACCUACCUCUCGGUCUGCCACAGAGACGCGUACUUGAACGCGAAAACCGUUUGUGGCAAACACCAGCAUGUGUUCCACAAAAGAAAAUAAAAUAAAAUUUCACUCACUUUGCCCAUCUCACCCUCAGUCCACAAUCAUUGUGCAACAUGGCCAUUACUCGGCUGCUGGAUGACAUCCACCUAGCUGCUUGCUGCCACAAUGGAGUGCUAGUCAUCAGGACCGUCAGCAUGGUCUUGGAUCGCAUGGAAGCACAAGGGCUACUUCGCGCCCGACUCUCCAAACGUAGCUCCGACCCUGCCAGACCAACCGAUAACCGUGCCAAGGUUGUCAACGAGAUCUUGGAGACUGAGCGCAUCUACGUGCAAGACCUGGAGAACCUCCAGGCUUACAUGCGUGCGCUGCAGUCCGAGGGAACUGUGGUCUCCCCCGAAACGAUUCACCUUAUCUUUGGAAACCUCAAUGCCCUGGUGGAUUUCCAGCGCCGCUUCCUGAUUGCGAUUGAGACGAAUGCCGCACUUCCCUCUCAUGAACAGAACUUUGGCCAGGUCUUUCUGCAGCAUGAAGAAGCAUUCGCAGUUUACGAACCCUUCUGUGCCAAUGUUAAAGAUGCCAGCGCUUUGGUGGUCCAAGAGUUCGAUAAGUUGCAGAAAAUGAACCAUUUCCUGGACGCUCAACAUGGUGUCAACUCGAAUCUGAUCAAGCCUGUCCAGCGCAUCUGCAAGUAUCCUCUCUUCAUGCAUGAGCUCAUCAAGCUGACUGAUCCAGAGCACCCAUGCUAUCGUGACCUGGUCGAGGGUCAGGACGCCAUUAAGCGUGUAGCCGAAAAGAUUAACGAAACCAACCGCCGACAGGAAAAUCAGGCAACUGCCAUGGCCCUGCAGCACCGCGUCGCCUGGAAGGAUGGAGAGUUGGUCUCCGACUUUGGCAUCCUGCUUCUCCACGAUACCUUGCUGAAUCCUCGAGGAUCUCCUGACAAGGCGUUGGAGGUCUAUCUGUUUGAAAAGAUCUUGGUGUGCUGCCAGAGUAUUGUCAGCCGAAAGAAGCAGACCAACCCCUUGACACGUAGCUCCAAGCCCAAGCCAACACUCCACCUGAACGGCCGAAUUUACAUCAACAACAUCAAGUCGAUCCGGCCAGUCUCUAUUUCAGGCUCAUACGUCCUGCAUGUCGUCUGGAAUGUUGCAGCUGAAGAGUUCGAGCUGCGUUGUAGGACAGAGGACCAGCUCAAGAAGUGGCACAGCGUCCUCGAUAAGCUAGUUACUGAAGCCAACGCCGAGCGCUCGGAUAUCGUUCCAAUGAACAGCUAUAUGGAGGCGUCUGCUCUUACCCAUGAAAGCCCGUCGUCCUUUUUCCGUGACGAUGAUGGUUACCUCGAUGACGAUCUGGAUGGCGAUGAAGACGACGGUUAUGAUGAGCUGCGUGGCCAGCGCAACCACUCGUUACCCUUUGGUUUAUCGUCUCAAUCUUCUACGCUCGUAUCUCGUUCAAGGGCAAAGACAGAGGACGGAUCGGCACCCUCAAAUGGAACCUGGAAUGGCCGCACAGGUGGUUACAGUGGCCAUGGCACCACCAACGGCAGAUCAGGGGCCACCGGCAUGUCCUUACCCCCUUUGCCUCGCACCUACAGCAGCUCGAGCACGGCUAUGGGCGUUGUCUCCCCAGGCGAAUACCCAUACUCGCCUCCGUCCUCCUACCCGGCCUCGCCUACAGUCCCGAAUCCUCGAGGCUCCGGCGGCAGCGGAUCUUGGCAGAAACGAGGUAAUGGUGACAGCCAUUCGCCUUUGAGCGAUACCAUGUCCAAGUUCAUGGCAUCCGAUGAUCAUGCCCCUGGUCAACCCUUGGUCAGAAACGCCUCAGCUGGGUACUCUUACAACGCAACCCCAGCAGCAGCUCCUCCAGUACCCCCGAUCCCAGGACCGCUUCGUGUUCGAGCCCAGAGUAGCCCCAAUAUUCACUCCACUGGCGGUGGACCUUCGUGGAAUAAUGUUCCAGAAUUACCGAACCAUUCACGCAAGCCCUCCAACGCGAGCGGAACAAACUCGCCGACGACGCCGCAUCCGAGCAGCACUUGUCCAACCGCCCCAGCGGUUCCCACCAUCCCCUCAAUCCACGCCUCGCCCCACUCAGAUGCAACUCGCACAUUGCAUCAUCAGCCUUCUAACAGCACCCUGAAUCCCAACGGUGUGCCCCAGCUCAGAAUCAAGGUCAACUAUCAGGAAGACUCUUAUCUGAUUGUUGUAGCUAUCCAGAUCGGAUACAAUGAGCUCAUUGAGCGCGUGGAGAAAAAGAUCCGUCUUUGCGGCAGCCGUCGUGCCGAGAACCAGCCCCUUCGCCUUCGAUACAAGGACGAGGACAACGACUAUAUCAUCAUGAAGGACGACGAUGAUAUUUCUUUGGCCUUUGAGAGCUGCAUCGCUGAAGGUAUCAUGAACCUACACGUCAGCUAAGCAUCAUCAACAGCUCUGCUUCUAUCGCCCAGUUGCUCCUUCACGCACAGCUCAAGGUUGAUGCUCGCCGGGACGCCUCCUAGGGAUGGGAAGCAAUGUCGUAUGGCAUCGCACUGGACUACCCAGAUCUUUUUUUACUCUUUUUUCUUUUGUGUCUGUCGUGUGUCGUACUUGCCACUCUUCUUCUCUUUCGCCUCCUCUUCAUUUCUUCCUUCCCCAUACCUCUUAUCUUCUCUCACUUCAUCUCUUACCUCCACCUUAUUGUUUUAUUUACUGCAUUCUCUG